UCCGGUCUCAGAAGCGGAAAGGUAUUGGAAAAUGAGCUCGGGGCUUCUCGGAAAACGUAAGAAGCAAACUAACCCAUGUCCCAAUCCAUUAUUUGUCCAGUGGUUAACUGAGUGGCGAGACGAAGCGGCUGAAAAAGGAUGGAAAAGCCAGUAUACAUAUGGAAAGGCUCUGAAGACGCUUAAGAAAUACCCCCUAGGGGUCUCUUCAGGAAAAGACUGCAAGUUUUUGGAAAACUUUGGUGACAAAAUAUGCAAGAUGUUAGAUGACAAAUUAUCAAAGCACAUUGCUCUGUAUGGUACUACAGCUGCAGUGCCAACAGGAGAGAGCUCCUCUCAGCCUUUGCCAACAGGUCCAUGUGCCGAUAAGAAAGCCAGGUCAAGGUCACCUGAAGUGGAAGUGAAUGAAGGCUUGUCAUAUGAACAACCAGCAGACAUACCUGCACAUGAAGGUCUAAAGAAGAGAAGGCAGCUAUCAGAAGUAAGAGGACAGAGGGAGUACAUACCACAGUUCAGGUCUGGUGCCUAUGCCCUUCUUGUAACAUUAUACAGGAAUAUGCAGCAAGUUAACAGUAGAGGCUACAUGACUAAGUUGGAACUAAUCAGAGAAGCACAGCCUUUAGCAGACAAAUCCUUCACAAUUCCAGAUCCUGGUGGUAGGUAUACUUCAUGGUCAAGUAUGGGAACCCUAAUCAACAAGCUUUUAGUCGUGAAAGAGAGCAGUCCUGCCAAGUACAGACUGACAGAAGCUGGGUGUGAACUUGCACAUAGAUUAUUACAUGUGGAGCCCACAUUAGAUUCUGGGGCACAGGACAACACCUCAGCAUCAUCUGACAAGAUCCACAGUGAGACAGGUCAGAGUGCAGGAAAUACUACGGGCUCCCCUAUUCAGAAUGCUGCAUCAGAGAAGAUCUUGCCAGUAACAGAGGACUCUUAUGAAGGAGAUUCCAAUAUUAGAGCCCCACAAUUCCAGUUUUGGUAUGUGACCCAGGAAAAUGAACUAGUGAAGUACAAAGAUCAAGCAGCUGUUUUGAUAGAUGAUUCCAUUGGUAUAGGGUUCCUGGUAAAAGCCAAGUAUUCUUCACUUCUUGCCUCAGGGUUAAGGUAUCAACUGGAUGACUCCAGGUCAUCCGAGUUUGGGGAGAGAUAUGCCUAUAUCCACAAUGAUGAUGCUUCUGACUUGUGCUCUCCACCUCCCAGUACUAUUAACUUGAAAUCACUGACCCAGCAGAAAGGGUUUUAUGAGAAAUCUCAAAGUAAACAAUUAUCACAAACAGUUCAAGGACCAGAAGUCAAAAUCAAAAACACGGAAGAUAUUCCAGUUGUGUCACAGGUGUUUGUUGCCAGUUUCCCAGCAACUGCAUCAAGAUCUACAAAAGAUAUUGAAAGGACAGCAGUGACUUUCAGCAGGAGUACAAAUAAUUUUGAAUCUCAAAUCAGUGGUGCUAAAAUUGAAAAGUAUGUUCUUCCGACUUUAAGAGAAACUACCAGUUCACUGUCUCAGGAUUCUACUACAUCAGGGGAGUCCAUGAAAAGCCUCCCAGUAGCACAAUUUACCAUGGAUGCUGGAACAUUUGACAUUGUGCUUUGUGUCGACAAUCAAGAACAUUACGGGAGUGGCAAAAAAGGUGAUCUGUUGCCUGAACUGCUGAAGAAUGGGGUGGAUUGCAAUGUACGCAAGUUACAAGUGGGAGACUUCCUGUGGAUUGCAAAGGAAAAAGUGAAACAUACCCCUGGACUGCUCCAGAUGCCAAAAACCAGAGAAUUAGUUCUCGACUACAUUAUAGAGAGAAAAAGGAUGGAUGACCUGGCUGGCAGUAUUAUUGAUGGCAGAUUUAAAGAACAAAAGUUCCGCCUCAAAAAUUGUGGCCUUAGGAAACCCAUUUACUUGGUGGAGGAUUAUGGAUCUACUCAGCAUUUCAGUGUAAAGGAAGAUACGUUAAACCAAGCAAUAGUCAAUACACAGGUUAUAGAUGGUUUCUAUGUGAAGAGGACUAAGGACUUGAAGGAAUCAGUAGCGUACCUAACUAUCAUGACAAGAUAUUUACAGAGCAUUUACAAGAAUAAAUGUCUACAUGCCUGCAGUAAGAAUGAGCUGGAUGAGAAUGGUGGUGAAAGUGUAAUAGACAGUUCUGUACAGAUGCUCAUGACAUAUGAGGAGUUCAGCCAGUAUUCUAUUAAAUCAAAGGCUUUGACAGUGAAAGAGGUGUUUGGCAAGAUGCUAAUGCAGCUCCAUGGUAUGUCUGGAGAGAAAGCACUUUCCAUUACAGAUCAUUUUCCAACAUUGUCACAUCUGGUACAAAAAUAUGAGUCCUGUGCUUCAGAAAAAGAGAAGGAAACACUCCUUGCAAAACUGAAAUUUGGUAGUAUGAACAGGAAUCUUGGUGCAGCCCUCAGCAAGACAGUGUAUCAACUAUAUAACACGUCUGCGCCAUUACAAUAAAUGGAAUUUUUUCAAGCAGUUUCCGAAACAAAAAGUUCUGUUUGGGAAUGACAGUCAAUAAAAAAUGAAACUGAAUUUACAUGAACUGUAUAUCAGAGGACAAAGAAGAACAAUUAUCUAAACACUAGAGAUAAACAAACACCACGUAGGAUUAAUUUUUUUUCCUAGUAUCUGCAUGGGAACUAAAAACAUGCAACAACUGCAUACCUUCUCAUAUAUUUUGUUUCCAUUCACAUACUCUGCUCAGUUUUAAUUUAAAUUAUGAGAUGAUGUUAUUCAUUUCAGUUUAUGUUUCAACACUUCUGUACUCCAUAUAUUUUAUGGAAAUGUAAACAGGCACAUGAAUUGGUUUUAAAGCAGGUCUAUCAGGAAAUUGUAUAAAAAAAUAGCUCUUUCACAGUGUAACACAUUCCACAUAAACGAGAUCUGUUUCAUAUUCAACACCAAUCUUACUAUCGAUCCCUAGAAGGGAAAAAAGCAUUUACAUCUUGCAAUUAGAAUGUACAAUUUACCUUUCAAGUGGUGGAAGUGGAGUAUCAUGUGACUAAGAUACAAGCAUAUACUGAGUAAAUGAACAGGAAGGAUGGAGAGUGCGAAUGUUGCCAGGACUCCCGAGUUACGUUGAUACAUGUAGGGCACAUAAAUUGGUUUUAAGGCCAUGUUCAGAUUCUCAAAUGGUCUAGAUGAACGAGAUCAAUGCUAGGUGAGUUCUUUACUGUAAGCAAAUCAACACUACCCGGUACAAGCAAAAGUUUGUAUUUGCUCUCAUUGUAUUAAAUGUUCUUUAGCUUACUGCAGGAGUAAUGAUCACUCUGCACUUUACCAAACUAGAUAGUGCAACUUGAUGCUAUCAACAAGCACAAUCAAAAAGGCAUGACAAUAACUCAUUAUAUUGUAUGUUUUUUCAUUUAUUAUAAUUGAAGAUUCCAGUCGAAACACUUGGGGCCACAUGCAUGUAUAACACUAUAAAUACAAAGGGAAUCACCUUGCAAUGAAGGCAAAAUAAAUGAUAUUUUUAGCAGUCUAA